UUUAUUGCCCUCUCUGUACAUGAGCUGAUCCUCCCCUCGGUUUGGGAAGGAGGAGGGCGCCAUCUUAAAAUGUUCUGUUGCAAUUUGCCUCCUGAAAGGUAAAAUAAAAUAAGCGCCCGGCAGUUCAGCAUCGACAGGAGCUGGUACAUGCGUACAGAAACAAGACCCCUCCCGCUCUGAUGAGACUGCUUUCUGUAAAGCUGCUGUUUCUCUUGUUAUUAUGGCGGCAGCCGCUGGCAAGAGCUACUGCUUCAAAGUCGUGCUGUUAGGGGAAGGCUGCGUGGGGAAAACCUCCCUGGUGUUGAGAUAUUGUGAGAAUAAAUUCAGUGAUAAGCAUAUCACCACGUUACAGGCCUCUUUCUUGACCAAGAAGUUGAACAUCAGUGGAAAGCGAGUGAACCUUGCAAUAUGGGACACAGCUGGACAGGAGCGCUUUCAUGCCUUGGGUCCCAUUUACUACAGAGAUUCUAAUGGAGCCAUUUUAGUGUAUGACAUCACUGACGAAGACUCGUUUCAGAAGGUGAAGAACUGGGUGAAAGAACUGAGGAAGAUGCUCGGCAGUGAAAUCUGUCUCUGUAUUGUAGGAAAUAAAACUGACUUGGAGAAGGAUAGGAAUGUGUCUGUUCAAGAAGCAGAGGCCUAUGCAGCGUCUGUAGGAGCAAAGCACUUCCAUACUUCUGCUAAAGUGAAUAAAGGCAUUGAGGAACUCUUUCUCGAUGUCUGUAAAAAGAUGCUUGAAGUUGCCCAAGCUGAGGAAGCUGCAAGAGAGAAUGAUCCCAGUCGGGCAGCUAACACACGACGGGGUGUACAGAUCAUUGAUGACGAACCACAGCCACUAACCAAUGGAGGCUGUUGCUCUGGUUCUUAAAGUAAAACCCUUCAAAAUCCGCCACUAUGCACAAAAUGUAAGACUGUUGUGACCAUUGGGCAUUGGAUGUGAGAGGACUUCGGUUAACAAGCAGCAGGGUUAACUGCCUAGAGGUGCCAUUUGUGGUCUUCCAAGUAUCCAUACUGAGUAGCUGGAAAACUUGAGAUUUUCUGUUUCUAGCUGAGGGUUGUAAUUACUUAUAUAGGAAAAAUUAAAUCUUGAGGGAAAAAAUGACUUCUGUCGGAAGUAAAAGGCUCUUGAGAAUUGGAUUGAAUGAUGACUCAAAAGAUCACGCAAGGCAGGAUUUAAUUUGAACGAUGGUCAUGUACAUUUAUGUACAGCUCCUAUGUAAAGAACACAUCAUGCCAGUGUAUGCCAUCUAUCAAUAUGCUAACAGUUGGGCAUGACUCCAGUGCAAUCCUUUGUGACUGCUUGCCCACAGCGAGUGGCACACUACACAUAUAGCUGGUGAUGUGGUGCUCUGGUAAAGGCACUGAUGCUCCUCAAUGAAAGUGAAGAUUGUCCUACUAACUGUGCUGCUACUGCAAUUUUCCCCACCCCCACCCAAUGUUCCUAACCAGACACAAGCUGAUGUGGCAAGAAUCUAGCAAAACUGUUUUUGUUUUUUAAAAAACAAAAUGUUCUAUGGAUGUCUUCCCACAUUGGUAAGUUGCUAGAAACAAUGCUGUUCCACCUCAGACUCUCUUAUUGCACCAGUACCACCUUGCUUUAUCUUCUAGCACACUACCUAUAGAGCUGGCUUGUGUUGGUAUUAAUUAUGCUUACAUGUUCUAUUCCUGUUGAAAGGUGUUACAUUUUGCUUUCAAAGGGGUCUCAUACACUCACCACACAAAACACACACACUCACUCUCUUUCUCUCUCUCGUGUGUCAUAAAUUGUGUUCAAAAUAUUCUUCUCAAUAUGAACCUGGGGAAACCGGCCACCACACUUGUGGUCAACUAAAUCUAUAUCUGCCGAAGUGAACAAACCCCUUUUCGUGAAGAUGUUACAGAAUGGGAUACUGUUACUGGAAAAUAGCAUGGAUAUACCUUGCUGUCAUUAUUUAACUGAAAUGUGUUGUGCAUACAGGUUAAGCAAUUUCCUUGGUAGACAAGUGCUAUUUGAGUGCACUGUUGGGCUGAGUAAAUGUAUUAAAUUAGUUGCUACAAUCUUUCUGAAAGAUGUUUUUUUUUCCUGAUGAUUGUAGUGAACUAUAAUUUUGACUUAUCUUCAGUUUCUUUAAAAAUAAAAAUAAAUCGAAUUUGAUUCAAACCACCUGGCUAUUUGAGAUAAAAUAGUUGCUGCGUUUCAUCUACUGUUUCAAUAUCUCAGCAUUUUUAAAUGUAAUAACCAACUUUUCAUUCAGACAUUGAAUUGCAUUAGAGCAACUUGGUGAUAUGUGGAAUUUUAUUUUUCACAUGCAGCAAAACAAACAUUUCUGACAUUCAUAGGUAUUUAUGUUGCUUUGGUUAGAUAUCAUUCCUAUCUUUUGCACAUGCAAUUAACUGGGGGAGGGGGGGGUGCAGGGAACGGGAAAGAGAGCUAUUCAGAUUUAACCAUUAAAAUCCCACUUUGCUGUUGGUGGUAAUACAUGGUGGCAAUGUGAUUAAGCUGUCAGCACUUGUGACAGACAUGUCAUGUGUAAUAUUUCCAAUUGCUUUCUUGUUAGUGCACUCUUUUUUUGUUCUUUCGCCCUCCUAUUUUCAUGUGACUUGCUGUGCCAAACCACGUGCUAUUUAAAGCUGAAUAAAAGACAUUAUCCUGCUAAUGAUGGGUUAAGCAAGACACGCUACAUUCUUUAAAAGUGCUUCCGUUAAACUGAAGUGCAAAUAAGGUGUCUCAUCGAAAGUGUAACUUUGUCAUUUAUCUCACUGAUGGAGUUUGUGCCUUUACCAAUUCAGAGAGUGUACGUCACUCAGAAAUGUGUAUCCAAUAAGCAGAUAUUAUUUUGUGAUUUACUUGCUAUAUUCUCCCGACAUUAUUUUCAGCUCUAUUUGCAAUCUUUAUUUGAACCUUUUAAAUUUUAAACAUACCUAUUUAAUGCCAAAUUAAACUUGAAAAGCACAUUAUACAAAUUGCUGUUAUAAUGGUGGUGUUAAAUGUUUUAGUUUGCUUCUCUUGGACUAACGGGGUUCAAACUUGCUGUUCUAUCGUUCCAUCUCUGUAACAUUGUCAAGCUGAUGUUUUUCUGGCAUGUGGUAGGUCAAACAAAACUUUGCUGUGAUAAACUCAACAUUUUCACUCGUGGACUAAACUGUAUUAUGUCCAUUCACUCCACAGCUUGUAACUAAUUAUGGUGCACAAAGUUAUGUAGUGUACUUAAUGGGCAAUACUUGCAACAAUUUGAGGUGAAUUGCAUUCUAUUCAGAGACCUCCUUGUACAGGUGAAAUGAGUAAAAGAAUUAAAUGCACCAACUGAUAUGUAAUGAGUAAACACCAAUUUGGUGAAAAUAGCACUGAAGACUCAUGUCAGCUGUAGUAAUAAAUAAAUUGACUAACUUGCUUAAAUAA